AUGGUGUCUGAUCUUGGGCCCAUUGUUUUGUGUAAUGUGGUUUACAAGAUCAUGGCUAAAAUGGUGGCAAAUAGGAUGAAGCCUCUUUUAGGGGAUGUGAUAUCCGACUCUCAAAGUGCUUUUAUUCCUAAUCGUUUGAUUACUGACAAUAUUUUGAUUGCCGCAGAGGUGGGGCACUACUUAAACAGGAAGCAGAAUGGUGUAGUUGGGUGGGCUGCCUUGAAGCUGGAUAUGACUAAGGCCUAUGAUCGCAUGGAAUGGACGUUUCUUCGUAAAAUGCUAUUAGCAUUGGGCUUUUCUGAAAGAUGGGUUGACUUGGUUAUGUUAUGUGUGACCACUAUCUCCUACAACUUCCUAGUCAAUGGUGAGAACAUCGGUCAAGUUAUUCCCUCCCGAGGGAUUAGGCAGGGAGAUCCCCUCUCCCCGUAUUUGUUUAUCAUUUGCACAGAAAGGCUCUCUUUAUUGUUGCAGCAGGCUCAGACCCAUGAUAGCCUUUUGUUCUUCAAGGCAACUUCUCAGGAAGCGGAGGUUAUUAGACACUGCCUUAAUGCCUAUGAAAAUAUGUCAGGCCAAGCGGUGAACUACCAUAAGUCCAGUGUAUGCUUUAGCAGGAAUACAUCUGUGGCUUGUAGAGAGGAUGUAGCAUCGGUUUUGGGGGUUAUUCAGGCCCCUAACUUUGGGAAAUACUUAGGGAAGAAAAUCCUUCUCAAAAGUGUGGCCCAAUCUAUGCCUACUUUCUCAAUGAGUGUCUUCUUGCUCCCGGAUUCAGUCUGUCGAUCUAUUAAACGGGCUAUGAAUCGGUACUGGUGGGGGCCAAGUAAUGAAAGAGGCAAGCAGGCCUGGCGGUUCCUAACUAGGCCACAUUCUCUGGUGGCACGAAUUUAUAAAGCGAGGUACUUCCCUAGGUUCUUAUUCAUUGAUGCUAACCUGGGGAAUUGUCCAAGUUUUUGUUGGAGAAACAUUAUGGCAGCCCAUGAGUUAAUUUGCAAUGGGUUUAGGAGAAGGAUAGGAGAUGGCAAUUCUACUUUGAUCUGGGGUCACCCCUGGUUGCCAGAUGAUCCUAACCCAAUGGUUCAAACAGUUAUGCCACAUGAGCUAAAUGGUUCCUUGGUCUCAGGCAUGAUUGACUCGUUUUCUGGGUCUUGGGAUCACUCUAUUCUCCUUGAUAUUUUCACACCUAGCAAUGUUAAACGAAUUUUGAGAGUUCCGGUAAGUCCGGAUUAUGAGGAUUCAUGGUUUUGGUUGGGUGACCCAGGGGGUUGCUACACAGUCAAACAAGGUUAUAAGAGUAUUGUUGGGAGUUUUGAGAACAUGCCUGGGGCCUUUGAUAAAUGGUUACAUCUCUGGAAGAUAAAAUCCCCUGCUAAAUGGAAAACUUUUAUAUGGAGAGCCCUUUUAAAUAUUCUUCCUACAACUACUAAUCUGAUUUUAAAGAGAGUUGAUGUGGAUCCGACAUGCCCGAUGUGUGGCCUCAUGCAUGAAAAUAUAAUGCGCUCACUCAUUUUAUGUGACUUUUCAAGAUUAGUGUGGCAUGAAUCAUCUUUGCAUGUUCCUAGUGUGGAGGGCUCUUUGCUGCACCCGAGGAAUGUUUGGCGAAGUGCGCAGGCUGCGGUCGUGGCUUGGCGACACACACACGCGACGAAUACCCAAUCCACGCUAAAUCCAGCUCAACAAAUUCCAACGUCGACGGCUGCUGUUCCGAUUACUGUCACGCCUCAUGCAGCGGGUUUGCCAUCAAAAUGCUACUUCGAUGCCAGCUAUCAGUCGGCCACCAGGAGGGCAACAGUUGGAGCAGUAUUGCUCUCGCAUGAUGGAGUGUUCCUCGCAGCCUUCAAUGGUCAGCUCCCCGCUUGUUUUUCACCACUUAUGGCCGAAUCACUCGCUUGCAAGGAGGUACUUUCUUGGCUAAAGGGCCGUGGUCUUGCUUCUGUGGAUGUCUACACCGACUAUUCCAACCUCAAACAGUUGUUAACCACGGACAACAAUAAUCUUUAUUCUUAUGUCGCGUUUUCUAUUGAUGCCUCUAGGGAGUUAAUGUCAUCGUUUAAUCAUUGUUCAGUUAAUUACGUACCUAGAACUGCUAAUCUAGGUGCUCACACGCUUGCUACAUCGAACUUCUUACAGGAUAACUCUUUGUAUUGGGAUUCUAUCCCGCCAAACCUUAUUUCUGAGUUGAUUUAA